UGUCACGUGGCAGGGAAAGGAACCAGCAGCUGGCGGACGGACUGCGCAGGCGCAGCGGGCCGCCCACCCGGAAGUGUGUGUCUGUGUGGUUUCUAGGGUGCAGGCAGCGGACCGGAUUGGGAGCAGGUAGCGGCGGAGCUAGCCCGGAACUGGCCAUGGCGGCCUUCGACACGAACCCCUUCGCGGACCCGGUGGAGGUGAAUCCCUUCCAGGAUCCUUCAGUCACACAGUUGGCACAUGCUAAUCAAGGUGGCCUGGAUGAAUUCAACCCCUUCUCUGAGAGCGCCCGGCUGACGAAUACGGCUCAGACGGUUCCGGCAAAGCCGCCUUCUGGGCCUUCGCAACCUGCUGUGCUGCAGCCUUCGGUGGAACCCACCCCACAGUUGCUGCUUAGACAGGCCAGCAAGUACCUGACUCCUAAGUUCAUCUCGGCAAGCUCCGAAGGUUCAGAGAGGCAGAGAUUAUUAAGAGAAGAUGCCAGCACUCAGCACAAUCUCCAGGCUGUGGCCUCAGCCGCACAGGCUGGGCUCCUUCAGCAGCAGGAGGAGCUGGAACGAAAAGCGGCAGAGUUGGAGAGAAAGGAGCGGGAGUUGCAGAACAGCGCAGCCAACUUUGACUUGAGGCAGAACAACUGGCCCCCGCUUCCAAAGAAGUGUCCGAUCAAGCCAUGUUUCUAUCAAGACUUCUCUGCCGACAUCCCAGCCGACUACCAGCGAACUUGCAAGAUGCUCUAUUACCUGUGGAUGUUUCACUCAGUUACCCUGCUCCUCAACCUGCUUGCCUGCCUGGCAUGGUUCACGGUUAAGCCCGAGACAGGAGUCAACUUUGGCUUGUCCAUCCUGUGGUUUGUUUUGUUCACACCCUGUGCUUUCCUUUGUUGGUAUCGUCCGAUUUACAAGGCUUUUAGGUCUGACAGCUCCUUCAGUUUCUUUGUGUUCUUCUUCAUAUUUUUUUGCCAAAUAGUCAUCUACAUCAUACAGGCUGUUGGCAUUCCUAGCUGGGGAAACAGUGGCUGGAUUGCGGCUUUCACGGAGGCCGGUCAACACCUCGCUGUGUCGAUCAUCAUGAUGGUGGUGGCUGUGUUCUUCACCGUCUGUGCUCUGCUCUCUCUCUUCCUGUUGAAGCGGGUUCACUCCCUGUAUCGCCGGACAGGAGCCAGCUUCCAGAGAGCCCAGGAAGAGUUCUCGCAAGGCAUCCUCACCAACAGGAACUUCCAGAAUGCCGCGGCCGGGGCGGCUUCGUCAGCCGCUCAGAGUGCUUUCCGGGGGAACUAAAACCUCCCCGGCGGUGUGCGCCUUGUUGCCCUGCACAUUUUUGCUCUAAUCACUCCCUGCUCUUUACCAUUCAGGAUGCAUUUCCCACGGGUACCAGUCAGCUCCAGGAUGCUAGCAAGGCGAGGUUUCGCAAGCUCCGUCUUGCCUGCAUCUGCGUCUCGUUGGUGGGAAGAGCAUGGGUCAGGCAGUGUUUUUGUGUCUGUUUUUCCCCCCACCCCCUCAAAUCAAAUAUAUCUCCCCCUUAGCCUGGAUGCGUUCAACAUUUCUUUCUCUUCCCCUUCCUUUCCUUCCAGCUUGGGGGUUUGGGAAGCUGAUUUUGCACUCUUAACUUCUCUUCUUCCACUGGAAGCUGCUGUGAAGAAUGACUUUCUAGCUUAGCCCAUUGAGGAUACUAACAGAGGUUGCUGACCUUGGGGAUUUCCCCCCUGCUUUCUAAAUCUCUAAUUUGCUGAUCUUUCACAUCCAGCAUAUGAGGGAUUUUGGCGCAUGUUCUGAUGCGUGUGCCCUUUUUGGUAUGGUACUAGCUGGGACACACUUGUCUCCCCCGCCACCCCACAAGAAACAGCUUGUCCUUCAGAACAUUAAUUUUUGCUUCUGGGGAAGGGGGGUUUCCCCAUAAAAGUACUGCCUCAGAUUCAGCCCUCAUCACAGCCUUAAAUAUUGGGGCGAAAGGGAUAUGAACUGUUCAGCUCUCUUUUCCUCUAGGAGUUAGCAUCUCUUGGUAAACCAGGAUUUUAUUCCUGGAAUCUUUCUCUUGGGAUCUGGAAAACUAGUUGAGCCAUCCAGCCAACUUCGAGAAGAAGCGCGUAAUGAUCUUCAAGCAACCUGGCUAGACUUGCAGUGUUCAAGUGCCAGUUUUGGCCACUACCUAAAAUGACUGCUCCCAAGCGAUCUCUCUGCUGUGUAGCCUCUUGACUGCCACUUGCGAUGCUUGUGGGAACAAAGGAUUCUGGGAGCCCAGUCUGGAAGACUUGGCAAGAGAGGGUAUUGUCAGCUGAAGCACCUCGUUUCCUGAAAGAUUGGCUAGUGUAAACUUGCUUCUGUUCAGAUUAUCUAACUGUGCUGCUCCUCUAGGGACACCCUGCCUGACAUUGUGCUCAGUCUAAUUCAUGCUGAGCACAAUCACUAUAGUUUGGGUUAUAUAGCUAUAUCUUUAGAUAGAUUUCGCUGUCGGAUCCUAAAAAUAGAAGGUUUUCUAUAGCAAAUGCGUAACUCCUUCCAGGAUGCCUCUGUGGUUUCUCCACCACAGGGAGAGUCACGUGACCCUGGGGAGCUGUGCAAAUCCCAUGACCCCGGGGAGCGGGGCGAUGAUAACGGCUUUUCCUGAUUGCCGCAAGAAAGAUCCCUACAGCUGAUACUUUUGUGCUCUUUUCUCGGGGGGGUGGGGUGUAGUGUGCUGAAAAUAUUUUCUUUCCACACCCUUCGUGGGAGUGGGAUGAAGGGUGGGAAAGGAAAGGCAGGUUAGGUUUCCAAGCCCAGUUAAUUCAGAAUGCAGCAGCCAGAUUGGCCUCUGGGUUAUCCCGGAGAGACCACAUUAUGCCUGUUCUUAAACAGUUGCACUGGCUGCCGAUAUGUUUCCGGGCAAAGUACAAAGUGCUGGUUAUUAUCUUUAAAGCCCCGAAUGGCUUCGGUCCAAGUUACCUGAGAGCUUUUCUCUACAAGAUCCCCACUGCUCAUUGAGAUCAUCAGGAGGGGUCCGUCUUCGGUGGCAACCUGGGAUCGGGCCUCCUCUGUUGUCACCCCUAGGUUGUGGAAUGUGCUCCCCAUGGAUAUGAGAGGAUUAUCUUCCUUUGAGGCUUUCGUGAGAGUCAAAGCUCCAUCCUUUUAGCCUGGCUUUUAAAAUGGCAUUAAAUUUUAAUCUGCUUUCAAAUAGUGUCUGAUGAUUUUAAUUCUCAUGUAUUUUUUAUUUUAGUGUAAACCACCCUGAGCCACUUUUGGAAGGGCGGUAUAUAAAUUAAAUAAAUAAAUCUAGCCCGGCGGGGCAGUGAAUGGCCCCAGAGGUGUGUGUGGAGGGGAGAUCACUGGCAAUAACUUGAUCUGAAAGGGUGCAGGUGGCAGGAGACGGAAGGAACUCUGUUAUCACACAAUGCCACGCAUCUGUGAGAUGCACGAGCUGUACUCUAAAGUCUGGCUGGUUCUUCAAGGGUUAUAAAGACUCCUCGAGAGACCCCGGGUGUAGCUGGAAAUGCUGUUUUAGCCUGUGUGAACAAAUCAGUGUAGAACUGUCACUAUUUUGCUUCCUCAACUUCUGACUCCAGUCCAGAAUCGUGUAUUCUUAAGGAAAUCCCAGACGAACUUUGCUCCGAGACACUAAGUGAUCUUGUCACUCGCUUCUUUCCCUGGCAUAUUGUGAUCUGAAAUGUACAAGGCUCCAUUGGAGGAGAGAGUUGCAGGCCACUGUUAAUAGAUAUUAAAUACAAGGGAAUAUUCAGAGGAGUAAGACAUCUGAAGUCUUGCUGAUGAGUUUGGGGUUUGUUUUUGUUUUUCCUUGCUCACAUAAUGAUCUCUGCAUCUUUUGUAAAAGUAGUUUGAUUGUAAACCUUACGGAUGGGGUUUGAUGUAGUCUAGUAUAUCCCAGGGAAGUAUUGUUUUUAAAUUUUUUUUUUUUUUAAGAUCUGUACUUACGGCAGAAAUAAGAUUUUAAAAAUAUUUUUCCUCUUGGAUGUAUAUUCCACCUCUGAUCUUUUUUCCCAUGUAAAAAUGUAUAUGUUGACCUUUUGUGCUUUAAAUACAAAAUAAAAAAUGUCAGUUAGUA